GUUAACGAUGUAUCUUCAGCAAGACUAGAAAUCAUGAGAAUGACCUUAUCAGUCUUAUUGCUUAUUAUUUUUGGUGCAAAUGUAGCGAUUUUGCAGAGAUAUGAUGGUUAUCCAUAUGAAGCAGAUUUCCUGGAUAUGGAUCCUGAUUCGAUUUUGGAAGAGAACGCUAUAAUUACAGCAAAUGCCACAUGUGGUAUAAACCGUAAAGAAUAUUUCUGCCGGCUUGUUGAGCAUGCUGAUGGCUUUAUCACAUACGAUGGUCGCCUACACCGAACACCAAGGGAAGUUUUGACUUACAGCCAGGAAGCCAAGUCUUAUCGUGACCCAAGUGGGCAAUGGGUGCAAUGUGGUUAUUGUGAUGAUAGAGAUCCUAAUUUACGGCAUCCAAUUGAAUACGUUCUCAGUGGUGAGGCCAAUUUGUGGUGGCAAAGCCCAUCUUUGGCACAAGGUUUACAAUACCAUGCGGUUACAAUCACUAUGGACUUUCGUCAGGUAUAUCAAAUAGUCUAUGUUCUUCUACGUAUGGGUGAUAGUCCUCGGCCAGCUAAUUGGAUCCUAGAACGUUCAGUAGAUGGUGAAGUAUAUCAUCCAUGGGUAUUUUUCGCUAAAACUGAAUAUGACUGUAAGAAGUUAUACGAACCGUUAAUCGAUCGACCACUAACUAUUACAAGUGGACCAAGACCAUGGCAUUUGGGUGAUGAUGAAGUUUACUGUACAACAUUUUACAGUCAACCUCAAGCAUUACAAUCAGGUGAAAUUAUUGUAACUUUAACAUUAGAUCGUGAAAGUACCAUAUCUACUGAAUCGGGUCUUGAAAGUCCUAUAUCAUCAAAGUUAAUUGAUUUCUUGUCUGCACGAUUUGUACGAUUACGUUUUCAACAAUUACAAACACUUUCUGGUGAUUGGAUGGCUAUGCCAAAUCAAUUAGACAGUUCAGUUUAUAAUAGGUAUUAUUACUCAAUUCGAACGAUUAAAGUUGGGGGAAAAUGUGUGUGUAAUAGUCAUGCCAGUCGAUGCGAACAGAAAGUAAUUGAUGGUGUACCUCGAGCCGUGUGUGACUGUCAACAUAACACAUGCGGAAACAAUUGUGAAAAGUGUUGUCCAUUGUUCAAUCAACAACCAUGGCGUCCAGGAAGAAUAUGUGAAGAGUGUAACUGUAAUCAAAAGGCAGAUGAAUGUAUUUAUAAUCAAACAGUCGCUAAUCUUCGUUUAAGUAUGCGUAAAGAUGGUGUUCUAGAAGGUGGAGGAGUCUGCUUAAACUGUCGUGAAGAUACAACUGGUGUAAAUUGUGAAAAAUGUAAACAAGGUUAUUAUCGCCCAUUAAAUGUCCGACCUGACUCACAAUAUCCUUGUAGACCAUGUGAAUGUAGUACUUUUGGUUCAACAGGUGACUGUACAUCUAAUGAUGCUGAAAUACCAGAACGAUAUCCCGGAGAUUGCAUCUGUAAAGAAGGUUAUGCAGGUAGACGUUGUGAUGAAUGUGCUGAAGGUUAUCAACGUUCUAACAUUGAUCCUCAAUUAUGUAUACCAUGUACAUGUGAUAUUAGAGGAAGUCAUCGUGGUCCAGGAUAUCAAUGUGAACCACCAUGUAAUUGUAAGAUUAAUGUUGAUCCAGAUUCUUAUUGUAAUACAUGUCAAAAAGGAUUUUUCAAUUUAGAUGUUAAUAAUCCAGAAGGUUGUCAAUCAUGUUAUUGUUCUAGUCUUACUGAUCAAUGUACUGGUGUUACACCAACUACUGCAAUGAUAUUGGAAAGAAAAGGAUUACUUGGUCCAGUCAACACUUUAGCGAAUUGGAAAAUUAUUGUACCAAGCUUAUCUACAUCAGAUACAAGUUACACAAUACCAAUGACAGAAACAUCUGUACAAUAUGAUAAAGUUUUAUUUGCUCAAACACGUGCAGUUGAAAGUUGGCUUUCAUCAGUUACUUCAACACCAGUUACACGCGGUUAUUAUUGGUCUGCACCAGAAGCAUAUUUAGGCAAUCAAAUAACAGCUUAUCGUGAUACAUUGAAUAUUAUUUUACGUUUUAAUUCACCUACUAUGUUAACAUAUCGUACACCAACAAUAAACACGGACAUAUCAGGCAGUAGACAAUUUUCUUUAUCGAUGGCUAUGACUGAUCACUUAAAUUAUAUGUGGCUACAUGAACCAGAUAUUGUAAUUGAGGGUAAUGGUUAUCGACUAGUUCAUAUGCUAUCACCAUCCUAUCGUGAAAGUCAUAUGAUUUUAAAUAUUCCAUUAAGUGAAUCAUCAUUUCGUGUAAUUGUUGAACCGCCAACCUCUAUACCAUUAGAUCGUUUUCCUAUAAGUUGGUUACAGGGUGAUCAAUUAAGAUUUGAUGAAUCAACAUUGGAACGAGUUGGUCGACCAGCAACAAUAGCUGAUAUAAUGACUGUGUUAUCCAGUAUAGAUAGAUUAAUGAUUAAAGCUAAAUAUAUUACUGAUCAAACAACAACUGAAUUAAUGUCUGUUACACUUGGUCGUGCAUUACGUGAUGAAACUGGUGGAAUACCAAAUAUUGAAGAAUGUAUUUGUCCAAAUGGAUAUUCAGGAUCAUCUUGUGAAUCAUGUGCAAUUGGUUAUUAUCGUGAUUAUCAAAAACAAUCAACGAUACAAACUAAUCAAAGUUCUUUUACUUCAUCAACAGCUUUAUCAUUAUGGCGUUCAACUAUGAUGACACAAUUACCUGUUUGUGUACUAUGUGAAUGUCAUGGACAUUCAGAUAUUUGUGAUGAGAAAACUGGAGUAUGCAUUGAUUGUACUCAUAAUACUGCAGGAGAUAAAUGUGAUGUAUGCGCACCGGGAUUUUAUGGGGAUCCACGAACUGGUGACCCAACAGCAUGUAAAUCAUGUGAAUGUCCUCAUUUAGAUUAUCAAAUGACUACAAUUUGUUUGGCACAUGAAGAAGAAGUAUUUAAAGAGGAAAAACCUUAUGUUUGUUUGGAUUGUACAGAAAAUACUCGAGGUCGAUAUUGUGAAGUAUGUGCAGAAAUGUAUUAUGGUGAUCCACUGAAUGGAGUGCCAUGUCGUCCAUGUAAUUGUGGACCCGCUGCUAUAGGAUGCAAUUCAACAAAUGGAGCUUGUAUCUGUGGAUUUAAUACAGCUGGACCACAGUGUGAUGCAUGCGAUGAAGGAACGCAUGGAGAUCCAACUAGAGGACAACCAUGUAGACCUUGUAAUUGUCAUCCAAAAGGCAGCAUCUCUCCAUCAUGUAGACUUGAAGAUGGUCAAUGUAAUUGUUUAUCAACAUAUGAAGGUGUUAGAUGUGAUCGUUGUAUAUCUGGUCGUGGUAAUACAGAAGCUGGUUGUCCACCAUGUCAAUGUGAUCCUAUUGGUACCAGACCAGAAUAUUUAACAUCAUGUGAUCCUGUCUCUGGACAAUGUUCUUGUAAACCAGGAGUUGGUGGUACUUUAGACUGUUCAACAUGUCAAGUAGGAUAUUAUAAUCUAGGUCCAAAUGGAUGUACAGAGUGCAAAUGUACUUCAAGAGCAAUCGAUCGAACAUGUAAUCCAAUCACUGGUCAAUGUAAAUGUGGUGAGAAUGUAAUUGGGGAUACAUGUGAUAAAUGUUUGCCUGGAUUCUAUUGGAAUAACACUGGAUCAAAUUGUUUACCAUGUAAUUGUGGAAUUGGAACUGAAUUAACUAGAACAUUAACUCAGUUAACUGAAUGUGAUAUGAAUACUGGUCAGUGUAAAUGUGCUCCACAUGUAGUAGGACGAGACUGUACAGAAUGUGAAUUAGGAUAUUUUGGUGUUUCUGAAAAUGGUUGUAAACCUUGUUUGCCUUGCCCAAAUGGUCAAGUUUGUGAUCAGAUUACGGGAAAAUGUAUUUGUCCACCAAAUACUGAAGGUGAUCGAUGUGAUAGAUGCGUUGUUGGUUCAUGGGACUAUAAUCCAGUGAUUGGUUGUAAAAAUUGUAAUUGUUCGAUAGAUGGUUCCGUUAUAGGCCUUGAAGAUCAAUGUGAUUUAACCACGGGACAAUGUACAUGUAAACCCGAAUUUUCAGGUCGUGCAUGUAAUGAAUGCAGUAAGGGUUAUUAUGGUUAUCCUUAUUGUAGAAAAUGCAACUGUGAUAUGCGUGGUACUGCAUGGGGAAAUCUAUCCAUAUCAGAUACGGUUGUACCAUGUAAUCCAAUUGAUGGACAAUGUAACUGUAAAGAAAAUGUUGAAGGUGAUCAAUGUGAUCAAUGUAAACCUGGAACUUUUGGUUUAAAUAUUGAUUAUCCACUUGGUUGUUAUACAUGUUUUUGUUUUCCAACUGGUACAUCAUCUCGUUGUAGUCUAUUGACUGGUUAUCGUUCAGUUCCAGGGAAAGUGAAAGGAGUUGAAAUAAUUUCUACUGAUGAUCCACGUUAUCCAGGUGGACCGUUAAUUGAUUUAAAACUUGGUUUAAGAGAUAUUGAUAUAAAUGAAUUAACUAUUGGUUUAAGUCAAUUCAGUUGGCGUUUCUCUGUACAUCGUCCAACUCAUUUAGAAAUACCAGAAUUAAAGGGUUCAUUAAUGCGUAAUUAUGGAAGUGUACUUAUAGGUGUAUUGACAGAAUGUCUACCUACUGGUGAUUGUAAACUUGGCAUUGAAGAUGCACAAACUACUACCAUAUUGUCAAAUAGAGAGGAUUUACCCGGAGGGUUAAUUAUACGUAGAAAUGAUAUUGUAGAUGCUCGAAUGACAGCAUUAAAUGGUUAUAUCGAAAUGGAAUAUCAACCAUCUGAAAAUUCACCUACAUCUAUUGCGGAUGGUUAUCGUCAAAUUUGGCUUCGUGAACAAGAUUGGGUAAUAACACGUGUAUCUGGUAUUGAUACACGUGUUCGACCAACACGUAAUGAAUUAAUGUUAGCUUUACUUAAUGUUACAUCAUUCAGUGUACGUUUAUUUAUGCCUGAAGCAAGACCCAAACUUGUAAGUGUAAAAUAUAAAAUUUAUCAACCACGUACAGAAAUAACAACACUAUCUGGAAUUGAAAUUAAAACAAUUGAAAAAUGUGAAUGUCCACCGACUGCAUCCGGUGAUCAUUGUGAGAUUGCUUCGUCUGGAUUUUAUUUCCCACCAAUUAAACCAAAACCUGGACGUGAAAUUCUACCACCAACUGCCAUAAUUGAUCCUACUCUUCCAACAGGACACAUCAUUUGGGAAGGUGGAGCACAGAAAUGCCGUUGUCAUGGUAUGUCCUCAAAUUGUGAUCCAGUCACUGGAAUAUGCUUGGAUUGUACCGGUAACACAGAAGGCCCAGACUGUGGGAAAUGUGCUACAGGUUAUAUGGGCGAUCCAAAAAUUGGACAACCAUGUGUUAAAUGUCAAUGUCCUACCGAACAAACUGAUUAUGCAAUCACAUGUACACCAUCAACUGAUCCCUCACUUUUACCACAUAAAUGUAUUUGUAAAGUAGGCUAUGCUGGUUUACGAUGUGAACAAUGCGCUCCUGGCUAUUAUGGUGAUCCAACAAGCAUGAUUGCUUGUCAAGCAUGUGAUUGCGAUAGUGGAGGAUCGAGAUCGGAGACAUGUAAUCAAGAUACUGGACAAUGUGAUUGUUGGCCUGGUAUUAAAGGGCGUAGAUGUGACCAAUGCGAAGAAGAUCAUGUUGUUGAUCAUGGAACAUGUCGUGAUUGUCGUGGUCCAUGUACCGGUGAAUUACUUAUUAAAUCUGAUUAUGUCAAAUUACAAAUUGAUGGAUUAAAUAUUACCACUUUAGCUUAUCAAGGUUUAGCUAAAUUAAAACAACAAAUAGAUAUGAAUAAGAAACGUUUUAUACCAUCACGUAUUCAAUUAGAAAAUGAAAUUCUAUCACGUACAAAACAAUUAUUUCGACAAUUAAUUGAAAUCAAUCAAAGCUAUAUAAGAAUAUUCAAUAAUUAUCAAGUAUUUGAUCAAUCAAAUUGUGAUAUUUUAGAACAAAUCAAUAAAUUGCAUAAUCAAUCUAAUUUGAUUGAAAAUCAAUUAAAUAAUUGGAUUCAUCGAUUAAUUAAACAAGAAUAUGGACAAUCAAUGAAUUUGCAUGAAUUAAUAAAUUGGCAAGAACAUUCUAAACAAAUUUAUAUUAAUUUAAGUAAUAUACAAUUAAAUGAAACAAUAAUAUGGUUAAAUGAAAUAGAAAUAGAAAUUCAAAGAAUUAUUCAACGAAUUAAUGAAUUAAUACAAUCAAUAAUUAAUCAAAAUCAUAUACAAAAUGAUUUAAAUCAAUUAAAUCGAUAUCAGGAAUUACAAAAAUUUUUAAUUGAUUAUCAAAUCAAUCAAAUAUAUCGUAUUAGUAAUGGUACUAAAUUAGCAAUAAAUGAAUUAGAUAUAGCAUUAAAAAAGGCGAAUACAUUAGUCGAUACUGUUAAAACGACAACAAGUUUAACAACAAUACAAUCCUUUAAUAAACAAUCACAGAAUUUAAAUGAACAAUUAUCCCAAUUGGAACAAUUACAUCCUAAUCAAGAACAAUUGAAUCGAAUUGAAACAUUAAAAGCUCUUCUUCAUCAAUUAAAUCAAAUACAAUUACCGAAUUCCAAACAAAUUUUUAUCCCAUCCGAAUUAUAUACAAAUAUCAUUGAACCAAUAGAACAAGAAUCACAACUUAUUCAUGAUAAAUUAAUCCCAACAGAACAAUUAAAUCGUACUUAUUUAGCUUAUAAUGCCUAUCAAUUAAUGAUAGAUAAUAUAAAAUUAGCUGAGAAUGCAACAAAUGAAGCAGAGAAUGCAUUUCUGAAUAGUACUACAACAAUAGAUGGUCAACAAAUUACAUGGCAAAAUCGUUUACAAUUAAUUAUUAAUAAACGUGAUUCUAUUACAAAUAGAUUAAAUAAUCAAUCAAUAAUUUAUAAUUCACAUAAUGAAACAUUAAAUUUAAUUGAUAAACAAUUAGAAACUACUGAUAAUGAUUUAAGUACUUUAAAUCAAAUUGCUUUAAAUAAUUUAAAAUUAACUAAAAAUAUAGUUAAUAAAGUUGAUUCAAUACAACAAUUUUUGAAAGAUACAAAACCCCUGGUUCAAAAUGCCUCGGAUAAAUUACAAGUACAGUUAGGACGUUAUAAUGGAUUACAUGAUCGUUUACAAGAAAUGGAGAAUCGAUUUUCCCAAAUACAAGGAACAGCUAAAACUCUAGUUGAUCGAGCAAAUAUAACUCAAUCCUAUUUAAUUAAAUCAAUUGAUGAAGUUGAACAUGUUGCUAGACAAUUAGAUUCAAAAUUGUUAAAUUUACGACGAUUAGCUGAUGAAGCACGUUCAAUGCUUGAUGUGACUUAUGGAUCAUUAUCUCAUGAUCCAGUACCUUUACAAUUAGGUCAAGAUUGUGUAUACACAUUGGUUCCUUAUAGUCUAACAAAAUCUCGAGUGUUUGAUGUUGAAUUUUGGUUUAAUUUGAAUAAUUUACCAACUUUAUCGAGUAUAAGUAGUGUAUUAAUGGUUGGACGUAGAGCCUUUGAAGGACAUACACAAAUGUUUGCAUUCACUGUUGAAGCACCUGAUAAUAGACUACGCUUUUCAUGGAAUACUCCAAAUGGAAUCCUAGAAUUAGGUCCAAUUGCUAAAAAUACUUGGUAUCAUACACGUGUUACAUCAGUUGGUGGUGAGACAAGAAUGAUACUUAUGGAACGAUCAUUUCAAGAUCAUGGUGAUGUAUUUCCCGAGAUGAAACAAACUUCUACAACAAAUGGAACACUUGAUCAAGAAGCAAAUCUUAUUAUGGAUAGACAAAUGGAAUUACGUAUUGGAGGAGUUAUGCAACCUAGUAGUCGUUUAAGUAACCCGGAAGCAUGGGGUGAUAAUGGUGCUGAGGAAUUCUGGUCACGACUUAUGUCAAUGGAAUCAAUUAAAUUUUGUAUGUUCAACUUAAGAUUAAGUGGGACACCUAUUAGUAUUGCUAAUUUUGCUGAUGCUAAUCCUGAAUGUUCUAAGCCAAGAGAAUAUCAGUGUCAGUUACCUGGUAAAAAUCGUCAAUUUGUUCGAAAUGGUUAUAUAUGGGAUAGACAAGGUGAAUUAGAUAAAUUAACUAAUUUAGCACGUCCAUCACAAUUAAUUGAUCCAUCUUUAUCAUUAACUAGAAUGUUUUUCUAUGAUUUUAAUGGUGCCGGUGGUUAUGCACGUUUAAAAUCGAUUAAUAAUUUAGAUUUUUGUAAAGAUCAAUUCGAUUUUCAAUUAAUACCAUUAAAAGAAUAUCAACGAUCUAAUAUGACAGUGAUGACAUUUAUAAAUUAUGAUAAAGAUUAUGGUAUAACAAUUGAAUUAAUUAAUGGUCGACCUGAAGCUAAUUAUUGGUCUGGUCGUGAAUUAUAUCGAUUAGAGGAUACUAAACAACAUGAUGAUAUGGAAAUAAUAAGACGACGUCGUUUUAAAACAUUCAAUUUUAAACCACGUUGGAGACGUCAAUCCACUAGUUCCAGUGGUAGUGGUUAUCAUGAUGAAGAUAGACGACGAUUAAAUUUAAAUAUUUUAGAUCCAUCUAUGCGUAUAUUACGAUUGGAUAGUUUUAUGACAACUGAUUGUAAUGAUGAUAUGAUAUUAUUUUUAGGUGGUAUACCACCUAGUCAUUAUGAAUUACGUAAACGAAUGCAAAAUCUCGGCUUUUCAUUAACUCCAUUCGCCGGUCGUAUUGGUUUUACAAAUGGUAAAUUAAGUCAAUCUGGUGAAGUCUAUUUAGCUGAUUAUGCAAUUACUUCAGUGAAUCAAUUUGGUGAUACACAGUUUACUGAUUCUAGACAACUUGGUGAAAUUCGAGUUAUAGAAAAUACAAGUCCAAAUUAUCAAUAUUGUUUACAAUUAAAACCGCAUCAUUUAUAUAUGGCAUCAGAAUUAAAAGAACCACAACGAUAUUCACCAUUUGAACCAGGAAUCAGUAUGACAAUACGUUUUAAUCCAUUAAUUACACAAUCUGGUGAUAUGGAUUUAUUAAUUAUUCAACCUGGACAUGCAGAAUGGAUACGUAUAUUCCUUACAGAAGAUCAUCGUUUAGGUAUUGUUUUACCGGGUGUCAGUAAAACAUUAUACACUAGAACAUCUUUAACAUCACGUGCUAUGAAUGAUCCAUAUACAAAUUUAUUAAAUUUAGAAUUAACAGAAUAUUUGAAUUUAACAAAAGUUUUACCAGUUUGGAAUAAUUUAAAGAAACAAAUUUCAACGGUAACAUCAAAUACAAUAACAUCGUCGUCAUCGUCGUCGUCGUCUUCGUCGUCAUCAUCAUCCUCAUCAUCUUCGACGACACCAAUAAAUUUAGAAACAAUCAAGAAACAAUUUUUUGAUUCAAAACAAGCUGAAAUUGAAGUUGUUGUUACAUUAUAUUUUGGUAAAAUUGAUACAGAUCAAUUAACUGUAUUAUUUGAUCAACAUAUUGUACAAACAUGGACUAUACCAAAACAACCAGAUAAUAAAACUAUUCGACAAAUAUAUAUUGGACCACAAUUUAUGCCAGCUUAUCCUGUUACGAUACAAUAUUUAAUAAUUGGGAAACACCUAGUGGAUUUUGCAACUGAAUUAGUAAGUAAAGAUAAUCCAUACGGUAGUCAAGUUGGAAUAUGUGGUGGACAGUUAUAUCCACGAUUUACAGAACGUCGAGGUUUAGCUGGACUAUUGACAAGUAAAUUACAAGGACUUGAAUUAACAGCACCACCAAGUGGACGACAAUUAAUAUUUACACCAUUCAGUGAAUUAAUGACCAAACAAAUUAUUCCAGGAGUAAGUUAUGAUGAACAAUUGGUUUUAGAAAAUAUACGUACUGGUGACGGAAAGAUUCGUAAAAAGAAUUAGAUCUAGAAGUUGUAUAAAAUCAUAGUAAGUCGAUAAUAUUUUUAUACUGUUCAUUUAUUUAUUUCAACACAUAAACAUUACUACAAGAGGGUACCAAAUAUAUAUGCGCCACACCAUAUUUGUGUGUGUGUGUGGGCUGUGAUACUGCCCGGAUGCCCAAACCGAAGCAGGUGGUUUUCUUAGGGGGCCACACCCGGAGCCUUUGACCUAAAGAUCUGAUCCACAAGGCAGUGGAGCAUCGUGAGGAGAUGCAGUCCCAUGGUAGCCGGUGACCAACGAUUGAUUCAUACGCCAUUUGUUCCCGCAGGAUACUGGAGCCCAUGUGCACCAUUGGUUUGGGAUCCGGUUAAAGCGCCAGACAUUCGCAUUUCGUCCUCUCAUUUUCGUAAACAACACCCCCGCCACGAGAAGGCAAUGAGUAGGACUUCCCUGGCAGAGGCUGUAUACGCGCGGCCGUGUGAGAGCAUUUCGAGAGGGAGGAAGGGCCCACCCCACUCUCGGCCAUACCAGGGCAUUUGAGGGCCUUAUACAGAUCAAUUAUAUAUUAAUGAUAAGAAAUUUAUACUGUUCAAUUUCUUGUCAUUAAUAUGGAAUUGAUCAGUCUCGUCUAAGAUAUAUUUAUUAUGAACAAAUUGUCUAGAUAUUAUCAUUAAGUGACAAUCAUUUUAGGUCAAAACUGGAUAGUGACUAACAGUGGAAUCUAGAACGCUUGUAUUGUCCUAUCUCUAACGAAUCUCAAACAGGACGAAACGCUUGUCUUAAAUCCCAGUGCUAUUCAUCAUAUAAAUCAUGUUAAAAAGGUUAUGAUGUAUUAGUAAUAUCUAGACCGUUUGUUUAGUAGGUGAUCAAUUUCAGUCCCGAACAUCCACCGGAUGAUUUAUAAAACCGAGUCAAAAUUCGUCUUUUUGUACAAUGCAGAGGUUCUUCAAACUUAGUAGCUAAGUAGGUCUUGCUCUGGCGUUCAGAGCGAAAGUUACUGGGUUCCGGUGUGUGGGUGAACAUCGAUUUGAGUUCACGUACGCCAAACAGAUGAGUCCUAAGAAGGAAGGAAUGCGUGUUCCGGAUUUCAACUAACCUUCUCUAACUAACGUGGUAGAUUUAUUCGAGGAUCAGAUAUCUUUUUGAAGAUUUUGUUCUCUAAACUAUAUACAAAUAAACUGCUAAAGUUCGAGAAUCCAGCAAAAUGGUUGAGUUAGUUAUAAAGUAUUAUUUUCAAUGUAGUACUAUUGUAGUGAACGAGAACACAAGUGGGAACAAUCGAAUAUAUUUGAGUACAAAAUCACAAAACACCAUAGUAACAUCUGAGAACUAUAUAGUAAAUACUUCAUUUGCAAAAUAUCGAUCAAUCAUCUCAAACUUCAUUCUUCUUUUGUUUCCACACUAAUCAUUCUUUGUUCUCGUUCUCUUUUGUUUUCUUUUUGAACUUCUUAACUUUCUACCUCCAGGUAUUUCACUUUUAAUUAAUGAUAUAUCCUACUUAUAACUGUUGAUAUCAGUAGCACAUACUACACUAUUAUUAAUGAUAAUAUAAGUAGUAUGUAUUUUAUAAAUCUUAAUACAUGAGAUAUGAAAAGAGUUUAAGCAUAUUAAACUUAUGCUCAAAUGAAUGUUUCUUGAAAUUAUUUACAAACAUAUUGGUGUUAUGACUUUAUGUCCGGCUUUUUACCACGUGAUUUAUCCACCAAUCAAAAUACGACUUAUGCAAUCUUCGCACUGUGCCAAACCGAUGACGUUCGACCGGUAUGAGCAGCCUAGCGUCCUUAUUGAUCCUAUUUUCGCCUAGCCCGUCCACUUGAGUCCAGAACACCGAAUACCAGCUUACACUAUGCGAAUUGAAUCGAAUCAUUUAUUUCGGACAUACUGAGUUUAUAUAUGAACCAAACAGACUGCAACGCACCAUAAAAUAGGAAAUAACAUUUGGAUACCAUAAAGCCAAAAAGUGGCUGUGAACGUGGGAGGCAGUAGUCAAUAAACUGAUCAUAGCUUAAGAACCGUAAGUCGUACAAUAAUAAUAUAGAGAUCAAAAUGAAGCUUAUAAUAAGAGGAAUAUAAAUAUACAUAGUCUAAUUAUUGAAUAGUUAUACCAUAAGAAUAUAUAGACAAUACUUGUUGAUUAAUAUGUCUGAGAAGUUACUCGUGAUUUAAUCUUCGCUCGGAUAUAACAGUUGGAUUAACUAACAGUGAAUAGUUGCAUUUACAUUGAUGGAUGAGUUCAAUUUCACAAAUUCAUAUAAAUAAUUAAAAACUAACCCAUAGAAACAUAUAAAGAUAAUUUAGUUUACUUUAAGAAUUCAGCAGUUUCAAAGAGAAUCAAGAUAGCAGUUUAAAAUAAUGUUCAUAAUCAAAGAGAAUGAAUACAUUUCAAAUGUAUAAAUGAUUUGUAUUAGUCUGUAUUCCAUCAAUAUAAUCCUUAAACUUGUAUACAGUUCAUUCUGAUAACCGUCACUAGAUAACAACAUCCCUUAACGAUGUAUUAAUCAGAAGGUGAAUACGAAGUGUUGAUUACAUUAUUAUUACUACGACGUACAGAUCACCAAAAUUACAGAUACGCUAAACAAACAUGAAUGAGUAGUGUCGCGAUAAGCAAGGGUGAGAGUUGCGAUGUCAAAAUGAACAGAAUUAAAAUGUACAUAAAUAUAUACAUAGUGAAAUGAAAUAUCG